AUGUCUGACUACACCGGACCCGGACUCUACCAGCUGUUAGCUGCUCAUGCCCCGAACCUUGCGGCUGCCAUUGAGGGCGAAAGUUCUACAAGCGGAUCUCGGGUAAUGGGAUGGGACAAGUCAUCCGGCGGUGAUCAUCUGAAAUGGGUUAUUGCUGCUGCAGGCAAUGACGAAUAUUUUGUCUUGAACUAUGGCUCUGGUCUCUACAUGUGUACUUCAGCGGACGGAAAACUAGGCGGCCAGAUUGUGGGUAAUCUUAUUGGGGCGAAGAGUAAACUUGCUAGAUGGAAGAUUAUUCCUACCAACAACGGGAGCGGUGCUUACUACCUUGAGAGUGUUGAUCAGCCAGAUCAGUGCUUGGCUUUCAAUAAGGAAGGUACUUCCAACGGAACACUUGUAGUGCAAUGGAGUAAAUCAGCCCAGAAGAACUGCCAGGUUUUCAUCAGAACUCCUGUUUAA